AUGCUUGGUGCAUCUUGGUGCCCUGCCGGUGGCCAUGGGUCCCAUGGCUUACCACGGCCGCCUCGACCAUGGCACGGUGGCCGAUGUCAGGCGUGCCAGGGCACGGACAGCAGUGCAGGUGCUAUGGAGGAGCUUCUCAGGAGGGGUCCAAAUGUGAAGAUGAGUCAAGUGGAAAUGGUGCUGGGACCUGUGCUUGAAGAUUGGUGGUGGAAACCUCAACUGGCCACAAAGGCUUUGAAAAACUUGGCCACAAAUGGGUUUCCAAGGACAGCUUGCCAGGUGUUGGAGCUGUUGCGCCGGCGGAACAUUGGUCCAACCAUUCUCCAGUACAAUGCCGCCAUCCACGCCUCGAGCAAGCGGGGCUAUUGGAUGACUGCCUUUUCCAUUUUAGAUUCCAUGCGGAUCAACUUGGUAAUGCCGGACCUUACUAGCUGCAACUCAGCAAUGAGUGGUGCCAACUGGCAGAUGGCAUGGCAACUUUUUCGACGGCUCCCUGCCUUGGAUCUGCUGCCUGAUAACUUUGCCUUCAACUCCCUUCUGGCUGCCUUAAAGGUUCUCCGACAGUGGCAGUUGGCCUUGUUCUUCUUGCAGGUGAAUGGCAGCCAUUGCCCUGAUGUGGUGGGCGUCACAAGUGCCAUCAGCACCUGUGCUGCCGCCAAGGCCUGGAGCUUUGCCCUGCAGAUUUUCAGCACAGGAAACGCGGCCAACGCCAUGACUUUUGGAGCUGCGUUGAGUGCUUGUGACAAAGGCUCACAGUGGCAGUUGGGUUUGGACAUUUUUGGAGGAAUCAGCGCGCCAAAACGAAACCCUAUCCUUUGCAAUUCGUUGAUUAGUGCCUGCGGAGCGGGGGGCUGGCAAUGGGCAUUGGCAUUGCUGGACGAAAUGGAAGCAGAUUCUUUGCAGAGAGAUCUCUGGAGUUUCAGCGGUGCCAUAAAGGCAUGUGGCAAGGCAGGCCAUUGGGAGGGUGCCUUGAUACUUUUUUUCUCAGCCCAAGCCCUACGUUUGGAGGUCAAUGAGGUGAUGAUAAGUAGCACAGUGAGUGCUUGUGCCAAAGCCAGCCGGUGGCAACUAGCGUUUCUGCUGGUUGCAUCGGCGCCGCAGAUGUCAAACGCCUUCAGCUUUUGUGCAGCGAUCAGCGGCCAGAAAUCUUGGCCCCUGGCGCUGCACCUGUUCCGAAUGAUGUCACAGACCUCCGUUGAAGGAGAUCUCGCGUGUCGGAAUGCUCUCUUCCUGGCCUGCCGCCAAGCCGGAGCUUGGCAGCAGGCAUGGACCAGUGUGGAAGGCCAGACCUCGACAAAAAAUGCUGAGGCUGAAGCUCCAAAAGGCAUCAAAAGGCUGUCAGCUGCCAAGCAGCUGGAGCCAUUCAAGCAGCCCCCAGAGGCUGAGCGCGUGGCUGAUCUUCUCGAUGUGACGACUGAUGGCCCAGCGCAGCCUGCCAUGUCAGAUGGACCUGGUGUGGACCCAGCAGCAGCCCUCUCCUUGGAGGGGCCAUCGCUGCAGCGCUAUGCUGUUCGACUGUCAGAGGUUGUCAUGCAGCAGCACGCUGCCCGGAAGAAGGAUUGGAAGAACUGGCAAGGGAAAGAGGAGGAGUUGAACGAUGAAAUUCGAGAAUUUAGAAGACAAGUGGCCACGGAACAGCAGGAACGGGACCAAGCCGUUGGUCGCGAAGUGAUCCUGGAGCAGGAGCUGCGUGCUGAACGUCGCCGGCGCAUCGACAUGGAGGCGCAGGUCACCUUGGCGGAUUCCUGGAAGGCAGAGGCUGCGGCCGCAGAUCGCGCAGCGCGGAUGUCGAGUUCCAACGCCGCUCUGGCGGCCUCUGCAGAAAGUGAAGCGGCCAGGGAGUGGAAACGACAAGCCGCUGAGGCGCGCCGCGCCGAGGCCAAGGCUAUGGCUGGACAACAACGGGCAGAACUGGCUGCCCAACAGGCACGAAAGGACCUGAAUUCGCAUUUGGAGGAGCGGGAGCAGCAGUUCGGCCAACGAGUUCAGAUGGCCCGCGCCAGUGAGGCGGAGGUCCUGGCUGAGGCCUGGCGCAUGUCCGGCGAGCUCCGCAGCGAGUUGGACGCCGUGCGUUCCGGUGAGGCAGCGCCACCCAGCCAGGACAGCAGUGCGCGACAGGCCCUGCAGGGGCACCAGCCAUGUGCGGAAAAAGGAGUUUUGGAUUGCAAGGCUGCGCAUGAUGACUCAUUGACUGCUGACUUGAAGGGGAUGAAGGACAAACCGGAUGGAUCGAAAUUGGGAGCUGCAAGGAUUUCCAAGGCAUCAGCUGAUCAACGAGCUGGGAGAGUGCGGGACUCAAUCGAUCUUUGUGGGAAGGAGGUGUCUAGUUCCAUGCCAGAGGCAGGGCUUGUGCUCGAGCUUGGAAGUUGCUCAGCAAUGGAGUUCGAUGCUGGCCUGACUGUGCACCGGUGGCAAUGGCGCCUUCCGGCGUCGCCCCGCGUUGGAUGCUCAGGAACUUCCAGCUCUGCAGGCCUUCACCGCCUCCCAGGGCCUGCCAGCCUUGGCUUCGUGGCCGUGGCCGUGGCCCGCUGGAGGCAUCAGCCACGGGCCUUCCACGGCCGAGCGGUUGGCCGUUUCGCUCAGCCACUGCCUGAGGCCUUGGAGCAGUUGACCAAGCUGUCGAAAAAGGGAAAUUCUGCCAAAGCAGCAGAACUUUUUCAAGAAAUCUUUCCACGACUACCAAAGGAACGACAGAAGAAGCCCAUGCUUUGGAAUUUGGUCUUAGCAGCAUUUUCACACUCUGGGGAUUUCGAUGGGGCCCUUUGGUGGUUUAAGAAGAUCAGGGAGGCAGGUGUACCAACCAACAAGAAGGCCUUUGGGAAGAUGAUGGAAGCUGCUGCGCGUGCUCAGAGACCUGACCUGGCCAAGGAAUGGAUGGAGAAACUUAUGCAUGAGCUCGGUGCGGAGGUGGAUCCGGAAGUCAUCAGCAUCCUCCUAUUUGCGUAUGCGAAGGAUGGGAAAGUGGACAGUGCCAAAGAAAUGUUGGAACAAAAGAUUCGGUCAGGACACGCGAACUUGAUUGACUACAACACUGUGGCUGAUGCGUAUGCCAAGAGAGGACGGAGCCAAGACGUGGCAAUUGUCGAGAGGAUGCUGCAACAGGCCGAAGAGGCUGGAGAGUGCUUGGACAAGACCAGCUACACGGUGCUGAUGAAGGCCUUUGCACGGAGUUCCCAACUGACGGAGGCUGCAGAGUGUUUGGAGUCCAUGCAGGUGGCCCAGCUGAUGCCCGACAUUGUGAUGCACAACACCCUGCUGAAUGCGUAUUGCAAGGAGAGGAAAGUCACAGAAGCGAGGCUACAUUUGCAUCAGAUGAUGCAGUCACAGUUGAAGGUGGAUGCCUUUUCCUUCACUCCUAUUGUGCAAGUCUGUGCGAACUCAGGCAGUUUAGGGGAUGCUGUGGCUUGGUUGGAAGCCAUGCGUGUGCGUGACAUUCCUCCAGAUGUGGUGGUGUACACCACUGUGCUCAAUGCCUGUGCGAAGAGGGCAGAUGCACAAGUUGCCACCGAGGUCUUUGGGAUGCUUCGAGCUGCCAGACUGCAACCAGAUACCGUAGCGAUGAAUUCGCUUAUCGACUCGUGUGCCAAAUGUCGUGAUGCGGAUUCUGCCCUGGGCUACUUGGAGGAGAUGAAGCAGAUGGGAUUGAAACCAUCCAUUCGAAGCUACACCUGUGUGUUGGUGGCCUUGGGCCAGCUGCUGAAGUUGGAGCAAGCUUUUGAAUUAUUGGAAGAAGUGAUUUCUUCCGGCUUGCACCCAGAUUUGGUCUUGUACAACGUGCUCUUGAAUGCAUGUGUCAAAGCAGCAGAUGCAGAAAGAGCUCAACAAAUCUUCCAAAAGAUGUCGGCGCAGGGCAUCAAGCCCGACGUGCAAAGCUACAGCGCGCUGGUGAAUGUCUAUGCUGCACUGGGACAGGUUGAGGCUGCUGCCAAUGUGAUAGCAGAUAUGCAAGAAGCAGGUGUAAGUCCCAACAAGUUUACAUGGGCUGGAAUGCUGAAGGCCUGUGAUGUGGCAGCAGAUUCUGUUUGGGCUUGCGUGACCUUUCGCAAUUUGGUGAGUUUCGGCACCCAACCGGAUGAGUUCUUGGUGAAUCACUUCGAAAGGAUCGUCGGACCAGGUUUGGCUCGCAGAAUUAUUGGCAAACGUGGCCUCAAGAUGAGGCAACUACAUCACUGA